AUGGCUCGGAUGGGCUUUUUCGAUGUCGAGAAUCGCUACGCCGCUCUGGAUGCCAAGCAUGACCCCCUGGUGAAGAUCAAUGCCGUCGUUCCCUGGGAAGCCUUCCGCAGCCGCCUGGAAAACGUCUGGCGCAAGCCGCCCGACAAGCGUAAGUCCAAUGCGGGGUGCAAGCCGUGGGACGCCAUCGUCAUGUUCAAAGCGAUCAUUUUGUGCGCCCUCUACAAUCUGUCGGAUGACCAGGUCGAGUAUCAGAUGCGUGACCGCCUGUCCUUCGUGCGCUUUCUGGGGCUGGCGCUUGAAGACAAGGUGCCCGACGCCAAGACGGUGUGGCUCUACCGCGAGCAGUUGUCACAGGCUGGCCUCUGGAGGCCUUGCUUGAGGAUUUCGACGGCUAUCUGA